UGACUCCAUGAUAUGAUGCGUCAUACGAUCAGUAAUAAGCUGUUCACAGCACUGUCAUUCAGUAUGACGCUUCCUUUCUUGGAAAUCCGUAAACUUUGGGAGGCGAUCGGUGCGGAAAAACAACGGCAGUCGUGGUUGGCGGUUGUCUCUGCCGCAACCUAGAAUCGAAUGGAUCCCCCUCGCACUGUCUUGAAAAACAGCACGAAACCCUCGCAGCCAAAGACCAUCUCGCGCAUUUCCCUCCCACAUUUUAUCCGCUUCUGCAGGCCUUACUCUAUCUAUCACUUUUCUCAUAUUUCUGUAUCAGUACCAACGUGUCUUUGAGAAGCCGUGACUGCGCUCUCCUACCCCACCAUGGGCGAAUCCAGGCAAGAAUUGCUAGCAUGGCUUAACAACCUGCUGCAGCUGAAUUUGACGAAGAUCGAACAAUGCGGAACUGGGGCGGCUUUGUGUCAGGUUUUCGAUUCGAUAUUUAUGGACGUUCCCAUGUCGCGUGUCAAGUUCAACGUCAACACCGAAUAUGCCUACCUUCAGAACUUCAAAAUCCUACAGAAUACCUUUACACGCCAUCAGGUUGACAAACCCAUCCCUGUCCAACAGCUUACGAAAUGCCGGAUGCAGGAUAAUCUUGAAUUCCUCCAGUGGACUAAAAAAUUCUGGGACCAGCACUAUCCAGGCGGUGAUUACGAUGCCGCUGGUCGUCGGAAAGGCUCUGGUGCUCCUCCCGCGGUCGCAGGCGGGUCUCGUCCCGGUACAAGUUCCACUACGCGACGAGGGACUACUCCAACGACCGGUAGUGUGCGUGCGCGGGCACCUGGCGGGGUGACUUCGGCAGGCUUAGCCGCCCUGCAGCAGGAGAACGCGGCCCAAAAGGAAGCUAUCGCUGGUCUAGAAAAGGAGAGAGACUUCUAUUUCGCCAAACUCCGGGAUAUUGAAUUGCUGCUCCAGGCGGCGAUCGAGGCCGAUCCAGAGCUGGAGAAGGACGAGGAUUCACUGGCAAAGCAUAUCCAGGGCAUUUUGUAUUCGACAGAGGUACGUUGCUUUGUGUGGUUUGAGGGAACGAGCCGGACUGACGCGCAUAUAGGAAGGAUUCGAGAUUCCAGCGGAAGCAGAGGGGGAGGCAGCAGCAGAUGAACUGGAGACCUUUUAAGCUCUUGCAGAGCCGACAACAACAAGGCUGUUCCUUAUUAAUACCCACAUCAGCGGCAUUGCCCCAUUGUUUUCGUUCCUUACGCCCUGUAUUCUUUCUCUCGUUUUCCUUUUAGCCUCUCCCAUUAUGCGUAGAUGCUGGGGUUGUAUGAAUUGGGGUAUGGUACCUGUAUUAGGUUCUACUAGUUUUGGGGUACUCCAUACUAGCAUUUUCUUGCAUGUAUGUCUAAGAAGCUUUCGUUAUGGUGCUUGGGACUAUCUUGUGGAAGUCUCAAGUUGGUGAAAUACUGUUGAUUAAACCACACACACACAAGCAAAAAAAAAAAAAAAAAAAAAAGAGGAAAGAAAUUUGCAACUCCAAAAACAUGGAAUCAAACAACAGAUGAAGUUGAGCCUUUUUGGUUGUGGGAUGGUUAUAUUUAAUAUUGCUGCAUCAAUAGUACGGGCUACGUGCGCAGAAAAGGGCCAUAUCAUAUUCUGCAUCCGGUCCAUCGCAUUCUAUUUAUACUUCCGGCAGUCAAAUGCAAUUAAACAAGUGACGUCUCCACCCGCUGCAGGUGAGAUUCUCACCAUGUGCAACAGUUGAGCAA